AUGUCCUAUAUAAAGCAACCUCAUUACACCAUGAACGGGUUAAAUUUGCCUGCGCCCGGGAUGGAUGUGCUGCACACGACCGUCGCUUAUCCUUCCACUCCACGGAAGCAGCGGAGGGAGCGCACCACAUUCACCAGAACUCAGCUGGACAUCUUAGAGGCUCUCUUCUCCAAGACUCGCUAUCCAGACAUCUUCAUGAGGGAGGAGGUGGCACUGAAGAUCAACCUGCCUGAGUCACGUGUGCAGGUGUGGUUUAAAAACCGCCGUGCCAAGUGCCGCCAGCAGCAGCAGCAGAGCGCAGGACAGUCCAAACCCCGUCCCCCUAAAAAGAAGGCCUCUCCACCUCAGGAGCAAAGUCUUCCUGAACCUGUUCAAAUGCCGGCUGACUCUUACAGCCCGACUUCAGCCCAGUCUGGGCCAUCAUUGGUGCCCAGCUCCAACAAUAAUUCAGUUUCAAUUUGGAGCCCAGCCAUCUCACCCCUCCCAGACCCCCUGGCCUCAUCUGCCCCAUGCAUGCAGCGGCCCUCUCCUUACCCCAUGAGCUACGGCCAGCCAUCUGCCUACAGCCAGGGUUACGCCAGCACCACGUCCUACUUUACAGGCCUGGACUGUAGUGCCUACCUGUCACCCAUGCACUCUCAGCUGACGGGCACCGGCGGGGCCCUCAGUCCCAUCACUGUGCCCUCCAUGGGGGGCUCCCUAAGCCAGUCGCCUGCCUCUCUGUCCUCACAGGGCUACAGCACUGCCUCUUCACUGGGCUUCACCUCUGUCGACUGUCUGGACUACAAAGACCAGCAGGCCUGGAAACUGGGCUUCACCACCAUGGACUGUCUGGACCACAAAGACCAGAACUCCUGGAAGUUCCAAGUCCUGUAA